AUGUCGAUAUUUGCUUGUUGCUUUCGCCGGAAACACCUGAGAAUUGACGACCCGAAGAUUCCAGUUAUCAUGGAGCCGCCUGAAAUUUCCUGGGAAAACACCCUGGGCUCGCCAAAUGGGGUUCCUUUUGACGAUGAUACCAAGCAGCUGGUUAAAGAUUGUAUGCAUGUCUGCACACCACCCCCUGUUACGCUGACGACCCUUAUCAAGAGGAGCGAAAUUUUUCCGAUUCAGUUUCCCAUUAAAACAGUCAGAUGCUCGUUCUUGAAAGAAAGAGGCAUCAAAACUGAUAUUCUUGAGUUCAACUCAAAUUCAGCAUACCCAAUAAUCCACGAAGCGAUGCUCCCCUUGAUAGCAGGAUGGCUGAAGUUUAAGCGUGAGCAAGGAAGCCCCAUAGAAAAAGCCAUGUACAAAAAUAUGGGCCUGAUACAAUUUAUCCAGCGGCUGCUGGACAAGCGCGCGGUUGCGUUUUACGGCUCAGACGACCGAUGGAAGCUGAUAGACAAAAAGUCCGGAGAAGGAGGAUGGGAGUUCGUCGGCACUGACCAAGAAAAGGAACCGUUGGUCCUCUCGAAAUGUCUGUCCUACGACGAAAUCAAGCUUUCUGCCAUGAUGGUGGUCUCGUCUCACACUGAGUUUAUAAAUGACGGGGCUCGCGAAAAUCGGGGAGUAAUUUGCAACGACUCUGAUGCAUUUCAGCCCAGGGGAGUCAUCAUGGGGGUCAUUGGCUCCAGGUUUGAACGUUCCAGGUUCAUGGAGUCACAGGAUAUUGUCAUUUCUCCUUUGCAAAAUAAUAUGGAUAAUGGUUAUGGCCCUUCUGUGGAUGGAGUACCCGAGAUAAGAGAGUUACGCACCCUCUGGUCACGAUUCUACGGCCAAGACUACCAUCCACUGUACGAACAAGCAAUAAGACGAACUAAAUCCAAAGAAAACAAACGCUAUAUUUCUUUGACCAACCAAACUAUAUUUGAUGUCGAGAAUUAUAUGAAAAGGACGCUAUUGUCUGUGGAGAUUAUUCUUUUGGAAGCUAAUACGAGAGCUGAGAAACAAAAUACUACUGCAUUUCUUCAUGUUGUAGGUUUUGGACUCGGUGUAUGGAAGAUAAUGCAUGAUCAAGAGAUGUAUUUCCUGAAAACCUUCGAAAUAGCCCUGAAAAAAAUGAACAGAAAAUUAAAGUAUGUAUCAGACAUAAUGUUCGCUUACUUUUGCCAGCAAAAAUGCGGUGAUGCUGGUAAUGGCGACUACUUAGGAGACAUCAAGAUCCACUUCGCGUUGAGAGAGCCUCACAGCAAGCUAGUGCGUUCCACCGACGCCGACAAACUUCUUGUGGUAACCUACGCGUGGGACGGAAACGCGUUCCCAGGAAACGAGUUCUGGAACGGAUACUUAGCAGCAAGCGGAGACCCAGCGGCGGCUUGCAGCAGCCAAAUCUCCGAACUGCACAACCCGAUGAUAAACUCGCGAAUCUGCGGAACGAGCCUGCACGACAGGAUCAGCCCACUGGGCACUGGUCAGCGAAGACCAUCUCGUUCCCCGAGGAGCCAGCGAAGCCGCAGCGCGGACGUUGACCGCCUAAGAAAGUACGCGGAGCGCAUAGAGGAGCGCAGGAACACCGAAGGAGGCGAGUCCUGGCGACUGAACCCGUCCCGCUGGCUCCCGAGGUCCCGGUCCGGGUCUCGGAGUCCCUCCGCAGAGCGGAAACCUUCUCUGAGUCCCGUUAGCGACAAGCUGGACCUUCCUGCCCAAAUUUCUCCUUCUUCCAAGACCCUCCAGAUUUCUCCCAGCUUGGAGCGCCGUCGCGUGUCCAGUUUCGAGGAACAAUCUCGGGUAGUAAAGCCGGCGUGCAGGAGCCUGAGUUCCGACGUCGAGUCCAGGGACCGGAGGCUCGACCGAAGAAACACCGAGGUCACUCACGAAAAAAUUCUGUCCUUCAGGUGGGUUCCUAUCCCGAAAAUCAGCGACCCCUCGGAGCCUCCGAAACUCGCCAAUAGAUCCGCGAGAAACGCCGCCAGCAAGUGGAUGACCUUUGCCAAGUAUCAGCUGCCCUCCAGUCUGCCCAGGCAGAGCUUGUCCGUCGAGAGGAAAGCUUCCGUUCAGCUCCAGGAGACUCCCAAGUGGCCAGUUAGGAAAUUUCACUCGGAAAACUCCAAAAGCGAGAUUGAAAUUGACCAUGAUAUUAUCAACGAAUCCUAUUUAGCGAAGAAAAACGACCCCGUGGAUAAAAUUGCAAGGAUUAGUCAGAAGAUCCGCGAGUUGUAUGACUUCAAGACGGAAAACGAAUGGCCAAAACGGGCCUCCAAUGCCUCGAAUCAGUACACCUGGAUCAGCAACAGCAGCGAAGAUGAUGGGGCUAAAGGUAAACAACCCAGGAGGAGAAACAGCAAGGAUUUGGAGUUCAAUGACAGGGUCAAUAGCGCUAGGCCCAAAAUCAGGAGGCAGAACUGCGAAAAUGAAGAAAAUGAUAAUUUUACAGCGGAGAGAAAAGGCGUGAAAAGGUUUAGUGAAGAAAGGAUGCGGCUUAGUGAAGAUUUGACUACUAACACUCACAAAGCCAUUGUUCCGGAGAGAAGGACCUUUUCUGAUGACCAUGAGACCAGGAACAGGCAUAGUUGGGAUGCAAGAGAUUGUGGGAGGAAUAAUAAUUGUGCAGCGAAAAGGGACUCUGAUGUCAGUGGAAGCUACGCUGAGGUCAUUUCUAAGCGCACUAGCGAUGCUAGUUAUGUUAGCAUCGGGAAAUGUCUCAGUGUUGAGAAUAAACCCUCGGAGAGAAUCAUCGAAGUUCCGCCGAGACGCGCCUUAAGUCAGGGUGAAGAACGUCCGGCGACUCCUUUACCUACCAACGAUCAACUCAACGAUGAUUUGCCGUCCAAAUCGAUGAUGCUGAGGGCAAAGAGAAAGAGUACUAGGUAUAAAGUUUACUUGACGUAA